GUGAGGUACAGCCCCCCCCCCGCCCAGCCCAGGAACCAAACUGUCAGGCCCGGGGCACCACGGGGACUUCAGCUCCCAGGAGACCUUUCGCAUCAGCGGCCCUGAGAAACCACAGGAAGUGUACCUUACUCCCUCCGGGCCACCUGCUGGCCAGGUACACACCUGCCCUGGCCCCUCCCUUACCUGGGGCAGUGUCUGCCUGGUGGCCACUAGAGACAGCCCAGCCUGGGGCCAUGGAAGAAAACCCAACCUUGGAAUCAGAAGCCUGGGGCUCCUCUAGGGGGUGGCUGGCCCCCCAGGAGGCCAGAGGAGGCCCAUCGCUGUCCUCUGUGCUGAACGAGCUGCCCAGUGCUGCCACCCUUCGGUACCGAGGCCCUGGGGUGCUGCCUUGGGGGGCGCUGGAGGAGGAGGAGGAGGAUGGAGGAAGGAGCAGAAAGGCCUUCACAGAAGUCACCCAGACGGAGCUGCAGGACCCUCACCCUUCCCGGGAACUGCCCUGGCCCAUGCAGGCCAGACGGGCACACAGGCAAAGAAAUGCCAGCAGGGACCAGGUGGUCUAUGGCUCUGGAACUAAGACGGACCAAUGGGCGCGGCUACUUCGGAGGUCCAAGGAGAAAACAAAGGAAGGCUUGCGAAGCCUGCAGCCCUGGGCGUGGACACUGAAGAGGAUCGGGGGCCAGUUUGGCGCCGGCACGGAGUCCUACUUCUCCCUGCUGCGCUUCCUGCUCCUUCUCAACGUGCUGGCCUCUGUGCUCAUGGCCUGCAUGACUCUGCUGCCCACCUGGUUGGGAGGCGCUCCCCCAGGCCCUCCCGGCCCCAACAUCUCCUCGCCCUGCGGCUUCUAUAACCCCCACUCCCAGGGCCUGGUCACCUUUGCCACCCAGCUCUUCAACUUGCUCUCGGGAGAGGGUUACCUGGAAUGGUCCCCUCUCUUCUAUGGCUUCUACCCGCCCCGCCCACGCCUGGCGGUCACCUACCUGUGCUGGGCCUUUGCCGUUGGCCUCAUCUGCCUCCUGCUCAUCCUGCAUCGCUCGGUGUCUGGGCUGAAGCAGACACUGCUGGCGGAGUCCGAGGCUCUGACCAGCUACAGCCACCGGGUGUUCUCGGCCUGGGACUUCGGUCUCUGCGGGGACGUCCACGUGCGGCUGCGCCAGCGCAUCAUCUUGUACGAAUUAAAGGUGGAGCUGGAAGAGACAGUGGUGCGGCGCCAGGCUGCGGUGCGGACGCUGGGCCAGCAAGCCAGGGUUUGGUUGGUGCGGGUGCUGCUCAACCUGCUGGUGGUCGCGCUCCUGGGGGCAGCCUUCUACGGCGUCUACUGGGCUACGGGGUGCACCGUGGAGCUGCAGGAGAUGCCCCUUGUCCAGGAGUUGCCACUGCUGAAGCUUGGGGUGAAUUACCUUCCGUCCAUCUUCAUCGCUGGGGUCAAUUUUGUGCUGCCGCCCGUGUUCAAGCUCAUUGCUCCACUGGAGGGCUACACUCGGAGUCGCCAGAUCGUUUUUAUCCUGCUCAGGACCGUGUUUCUUCGCCUCGCCUCCCUGGUGGUCCUGCUCUUCUCUCUCUGGAAUCAGAUCACUUGUGGGGGCGACUCCGAGGCUGAGGACUGCAAAACCUGUGGCUACAAUUACAAACAACUUCCGUGCUGGGAGACUGUCCUGGGCCAGGAAAUGUACAAACUUCUGCUCUUUGAUCUGCUGACUGUCUUGGCAGUCGCGCUGCUCAUCCAGUUUCCUAGAAAGCUCCUCUGUGGCCUCUGUCCUGGGGCGCUGGGUCGUCUGGCGGGGACCCAGGAAUUCCAGGUGCCCGACGAGGUGCUGGGGCUCAUCUACGCGCAGACGGUGGUCUGGGUGGGGAGUUUUUUCUGCCCUUUACUGCCCCUGCUUAACACGGUCAAGUUCCUGCUGCUUUUCUACCUGAAGAAGCUUACCCUCUUCUCCACCUGCUCCCCGGCUGCCCGCACCUUCCGGGCCUCCGCGGCGAAUUUCUUUUUCCCCUUGGUCCUUCUCCUGGGUCUGGCCAUCUCCAGCGUUCCCCUGCUUUACAGCAUCUUCCUGAUCCCGCCUUCUAAGCUGUGUGGUCCAUUCCGGGGGCAGUCGUCCAUCUGGGCCCAGAUCCCUGAGUCUAUUUCCAGCCUCCCUGAGACCACCCAGAACUUCCUCUUCUUCCUGGGGACCCAGGCUUUUGCUGUGCCCCUUCUGCUGAUCUCCAGCAUCCUGAUGGCGUACACUGUGGCUCUGGCUAACUCCUACGGACGCCUCAUCUCUGAGCUCAAACGUCAGAGAGAGACGGAGGCGCAGAAUAAAGUCUUCCUGGCACGGCGCGCUGUGGCGCUGACCUCCACCAAACCGGCUCUUUGACCCCCGCAGCCCACGUCCCACUUUCAGACCCCAGGCCCAUUGUAAGCCUAGGUCACAACAUCUGUAAACUAGGAGAACUGGAGAAGACUCCAAGCCCUUCCAGCUUUGCUAUCUGGAGAUUUCCAGGGCCCCUCGCCGCCACGUCCCUGACUCUCGGGUGAUCUUCCAUAUAUCAAUAAAUACAGCCGAGGUUGCUGAG